AAGCUCCCAACUUUGACUGCUGCUUAGCCCAAGUCCAAGUCUUUCUUCCUCCUCCGACCUCCCCCCAUCUCCAUCUCCGUGCUCAUCUGCCUUCUUCUCUCCCCUUUCCCCGUCGCUUCCUGCCUGGAUCGCACACACAAAGAGAUCCCUCGCAGGCGGAGUGGUGCUUCCCCUCUCGGAUCAUCUUCGCCUCUGCAAGAUUGGCAAGCAAUGAGGUGCCUGCCUUUCUUGCAUGGAGAUUCCAAAGAGGAGGAUCCCGUCAACAAGUCGGCUUCUGUCCGGUCGUUGAGCACAACAUCGACGGAGCGGGAUGUCCGGUCCGGCUCCGACUUCAACUCCUUGAAUGUCUCUGACAUGAGUGCCGAAUCAAUACGGAGGACACAGUAUCCCAGCUUCACUGAUCGGCCCAGUAACCUCAGGGUGUUCUCUUUCUCUGAGCUGAAGAAUGCCACUCGCAAUUUUAGCCGGUCUCUUAUGGUUGGUGAGGGUGGGUUUGGAUGUGUGUAUAGGGGUGUCAUCAAGAAUUCCGAUGAACCAACUGAGCGCACCGAGAUUGCUGUUAAACAGCUGAAUCGCAAAGGACUUCAGGGGCAGAAAGAAUGGUUAACAGAACUGAAUGUGCUUGGGAUUGUAGAGCAUCCAAACCUCGUCAAACUAAUUGGCUACUGCGCUGAAGAUGAUGAAAGGGGCGUACAGCGUCUCCUAGUAUACGAAUACAUGCCUAAUGGAAGCGUGGAUGAUCACUUGUCAAGUAGGUCAAAUUCAACUCUAUCAUGGCCAAUGAGACUAAAAGUAGCUCUGGACGCUGCUCGGGGACUGAAGUAUCUGCAUGAAGAGAUGGAAUUUCAGGUUAUCUUCCGUGACCUAAAAACAUCUAACAUUCUGUUAGAUGAGAACUGGAAUGCAAAGUUGUCUGACUUUGGAUUGGCUAGGCAUGGACCAUCAGAAGGCCUGACCCAUGUCUCUACAGCGGUCGUGGGAACUCUUGGGUAUGCAGCUCCGGAGUACAUGCAGACCGGACGCCUCACUGCCAAGAGUGACAUAUGGGGCUAUGGUGUGCUCCUUUAUGAGCUCAUCACCGGCCGCCGUCCCAUUGACCGGAACCGCCCAAAGGGUGAGCAGAAGCUCCUGGAUUGGGUGAAACCAUACAUAUCUGAUAUCAAGCGGUUCCCCAUCAUCAUAGACCCACGGCUAGAGGGGCACUACAACCUCAAGUCCAUGACAAAGCUGGCUAGUGUGGCGAACCGCUGUCUCGUCCGGCUACCAAAGUCGCGCCCAAAGAUGAGUGAGGUGUAUGAGAUGGUUCAGAAGAUUGUGGCCAGCAUUGAGACCGGCACACCACAGCCUCCUCUGCACUACCAUGGGUCGGUUUCUGAACCGGGCUCAAAGCGGCCAAAGAAGGGGUCACUGAAGAGAAGGUUCCAAGAAUUCAAAUUCGGUUGCCGGCAGAUUGUAUGGCGGAGCUGGAAGCCUGAGAUCAUAAAGACUUGCUGAGAGAAUACAGUAGCUUCCUGCCUGUAAGUAUAUAGCUAAGUUGUUCAUAGGGAUAAAGCUCUUCUUCCUCUGUAUGCUUCCUGUCCUUGGGGUGAUCUGAUCCCAUUUCGGGCACACAGUUGAGUACUUGAGUUGCAGUGUGAAGCUUUUUAUCUUAUAGGGUUCUGUGUGAUGCAUCUUGAGGUUGUAGAUUCCAUGUGUUUUCAGUAUAAUCCCUGUGGCUUUCCUCAUCAUGUAAUAUAGAUCUUGUUUGUGCAAUAUGAAAGAAAAAAAAAGAUGAGCUUUCUUGUAUGAAA